GGGCAAAGAUGGAGCUCAGCGGGUACCUGCCCGGAUGUGUGGAAUGUCACUCCACCCCCGCAUCGUCUGAAUCCUUGGAUGGCGCAAUGUUUCACUUGAACCAAUCGUCGACACCUGUCCGACCCGCCCAUUCUUGGAACAUCAACGACAUCACCUUAUUGAGAAUAUUAACAUAUAAGAAAACACUUUGAACCAUCUACACCUCAAGCUAUCAUACCAAAUCGAUCAUACCAUCGUAUAUAAACUCAAACAUCACCAAUCAACCACACCGCAAUCACCCCCCAAACAACCACCAAGAUGCUCAUCGUAGGCCUAACCGGCUCAAUCGCCACCGGCAAAUCAACCGUCUCCUCCCUCCUCUCUUCGCCCCCCUACAACCUCCCCAUCAUCGACGCCGACCUUAUCGCCCGCAAAGUCGUCGAGCCCGGCACCGCCGGCUACAACGCCAUCGUCUCCUACUUCGGUCCCACCACGCCCGAUCUCCUCGUUCCCUCCGGGCCCGAAAUGCCUGAAACGGGUCCCAACGGAAAAGGCCGCCCCCUAAACCGCCCGGCCCUCGGCCGCCGCGUGUUCGGUGACUCCCCCGAAGUGCGCAAGGACCGCGCCCGUCUCAACUCUAUCGUCCAUCCGGCUGUAAGAAAGGAGAUGGCGCUGGGGGUGCUGAAGGCGUAUGUCAAAGGAUAUAGAGCCGUGAUCUUGGAUAUGCCGCUGUUGUUUGAGAGUCAGUUGGAUAAGUACUGCGGGACGGUACUGGUGGUGGGGGUGAAGGACCCCAAAGUGCAGAUGGAGAGGUUGAGGGCUAGGGAUCCGCAUUUGAGUGCGGAGGAUGCGGAGAAUAGAGUUAGGAGUCAGGGGGAUGUGAGGGAGAAGGCGGAGCGGGCGCUGGAGAGGGGGGAGGGGAGGGGGUGUGUGGUUUGGAAUGAUGGAGACAAAAAAGAGUUGGAGGAGCAGGUGCGGAGGGUGUUUUGGGAGGGGGUGGUGGAGAAGUAUAGUCCGCGCUGGUGGGGGUGGUGGUUGUGGAUGUGCCCGCCGGCCGCGGUGGUGAGUGCUUUGUGGAAUUAUUGGGCGAAUUUGGGGGUGGAUAGGAGGUGGAGGGAGAAGAAGGAGGCGGAGAGGGCGAAGUUGUGAGGGGUUGAUUUGUGUUGAUGUCUGGUCUAGAUGGGAUUGCGAGAAGACACGAUGAUGAGAUGGGGACGGUCGAGCAGGAAAGACACGCGGACGGAAAGGGGUGGAAAGCUGGCGGAUGAGUGAAGGGGACAUCUUCUCAGUAAUGAUGACG